GCUGGAAUGAACACACCCUUUUUUUUCCCCUCUCAGAUACAGAGAAGACUACAAUAAGAUGAAUGAUGAUUAGAGUAAAAGCCGUUGAGGCAAAGUUACCAUGAAGGGAUCGAACAAGGCACUAGGACCUAGGAGGCGUCUCAUCCACCCUGGCAGGAAUUUCUUGCUUGGAGCUCAGACAACAAAGGCAGAGCGAGCCUGGUUUUCUUUCUCUCAGCAUCUCCACCCUGCGCGCUGAAAACCGCUUCAGAUCUUUAGGGUUCACCAAACUAUGGAACUUGAUUUUGGACACUUUGACGAACGAGACAAGGCGUCCAGAAACAUGCGAGGCUCACGUAUGAAUGGGUUGCCCAGCCCCACUCACAGCGCUCAUUGUAGCUUCUACAGAACCAGUACUCUACAGACCCUGAGUUCUGAGAAGAAAGCCAAGAAAGUUCGUUUCUAUCGCAACGGGGACCGCUACUUCAAGGGAAUUGUAUAUGCUGUGUCUUCCGACCGCUUCCGAAGUUUUGAUGCUCUCCUGGCUGACCUGACCCGGUCCCUGUCUGACAACAUUAAUCUGCCUCAGGGAGUCCGUUACAUUUACACCAUUGAUGGAUCGCGGAAGAUUGGAAGCAUGGAUGAGCUGGAGGAAGGGGAGAGUUACGUGUGCUCAUCUGACAACUUCUUCAAGAAGGUGGAAUACACAAAAAAUGUCAAUCCCAACUGGUCUGUCAAUGUGAAGACAUCUGCUAACCAGAAAGCACCUCAGUCUCUGGCCAGCAGCAACAGCGCCCAGGCAAAGGAGAACAAAGAUUUUGUGCGUCCCAAGCUGGUAACCAUCAUCCGUAGUGGGGUGAAGCCCCGGAAGGCAGUUCGUGUGCUCUUGAACAAGAAGACCGCCCAUUCGUUUGAGCAAGUUCUCACUGAUAUCACUGAAGCUAUAAAGCUGGAGACAGGCGUGGUCAAAAAGCUGUAUACUCUGGAUGGAAAACAGGUGACCUGUCUCCACGAUUUCUUUGGGGAUGAUGAUGUGUUUAUCGCCUGUGGCCCUGAGAAAUUCCGCUAUGCACAGGAUGACUUUUCUCUGGAUGAAAGCGAGUGCCGGGUGAUGAAAGGGAGCCCUGCAGCUGCCACGGGCAGUAAGUCAUCUCCCACCCCUCAGAAGAGCUCAGCAAAGAGUCCAGCCCCUAUGCGCCGGAGCAAGUCUCCAGCUGAUUCAGGUAACCAUCAAGACGCAAAUGGGACCUCGAGCAGUCAGCUGUCUACGCCCAAAUCCAAGCAGUCCCCAAUCUCCACACCUACCAGCCCAGGGAGCCUCCGUAAGCACAAGGUAGACUUGUAUCUGCCUCUGUCUUUGGAUGACUCUGAUUCCCUUGGAGAUUCCAUGUAAAGCGACAUGACGUUAAGUCUGUACUGCAAGCUAUGUUUAAGAUACAGUAGAGUACUUCUGCCAAACUAAGCAGAUAGGUGACUGGUGCUUUCAAAUCAGACAAAGGACACACAGUUAUAUGUCAUUUUUUUUCUGUGAUUUAUCCUCUGUACCACAAAUCAACACCUACCAGUCUAUAGAGAUAGAGGGAUACCAUUCUUUUAAGCAGAAUUUUAGGGAUGCAAAAUGGACACCACCAGCAAUUUGGGGCCAUUAUGCCACUGAUCCUGUGCACUUCCCAUUUUCUUUUACUAUUUCUUCUUCAGCAAAUACGUAACUUCCUAGUGACGUAGUAAUGGAAAGCUCCCCCAGAAGCGUGUGAAUCAGUCUGUUGUUGACAAAUUCUGACAACUCUCUACCUGUCCAAACUGCCAACGCUUGCUUGUUCUUUGUUUGUAGCCCUGAUUUUAGUACCUGCAUACUAACUAGUACUGUUUUUGUUGUUACAGGGCAGAAAGGGAAAUGACUUAUUAGUUCAAUGCUUAAUAUGCCAGCAGAAGCUUUGGGCAAAAUUAGGAAUGAUUACAUGAGAUGCUGAGUAAGGUCAGUGCAACAGUGAUUUUUCAAAUACUGGGAUUUGUUAAAUAAUUAAGCAAAAUAAUGUAAGUCAUCUGAGUUGAACAGCUUCACAUAUGGUCCAAAGCCACUGCUAGCUGGCAACAAACUUGUAUAACAACCCUAUGGUAUCUCUCUAUCUCUGUUUUUAAAAGUAAUGCCUUGUGAACAGCCAACACUGAAAACACUGUGAGAAUUUGUUUUCAGGUCUGACAUCCUUUUUAUAGCAAAAAAAAUCAAUACACUUUUUAUAAAGGAAAACCUCGUAUCUGUGUUUUGGAGUAAAGAUUCAAGCUCCUUUUUUAUAAAAGCUGGUAAUUUUGUUUUGUUUAAAAAAAAAUACAUUCAGAAAAAAGAACAAAAAAAACCCCACAGUAACAACGACAGAUCAGGUUAGAAAUCUUUUCAUCACUGCCAGAACAGACACUUGUAGGGGGGGAAUAAUUCAGCUCAAAAUAUUGAAUGUUUUGAUAGUUUUUGUAAUGUUUAAGACUAUGUAUUUGUUUUUUUACACUUCUGUAUUCAUAACUUUGGCCAGAUUCUCUACUUGUAUAACAAAUGGAACUUUGUGUGUUUGAAAACCCGUAUUUUAAGAAACUCUUCUAUCUGACAAAAACAAACUUAUUGUAUUUAGAGAAGCCUUUUGCUUUUAUUAAUCAGUAACGACUCCUAUGGAAUGCAAAGUUCAUCUAUUCGCGCAGGGCUGGUGGUUUUUACUACGCUGAAGUUUUGUUAUAGGCUAGCUGGCAUUGCCUCUCUUUCUCAUGGAAUAAGCUUUUGAUGAAACUGAUUAUUACGGAACUUUACCUAAAGGAAAUCUGUGCAAUCAAAUGUUUCUUUCUUGCUCUACUUGCCUUUGUUCCAACAUAUACACCUAUUCCUUAUUCUCUUGCAACCCCUUGUGAUUAGAAUGAAUUAUUAUAAGGUGAUGUUUGAUGCUAUAUGAAUGCUGGGUUGUUCCCAAAGCCAUUCCAUAUUUUGUUUGCUUGCAUUGUUGAUAUGAAACAACCUGUGCAGGCUAUGUCUUUAGAGGUUCGCGUGAUGAUACAUAUAAUGCAACUUUAAAAAGAUGCAUUUGAGAGAAGACAGAAUUGGGAAUUCCCAAGGGGUCAGAGUUAUGCACCGAUUUUGCACCCUGUAGUCUUAGUGCAUGAUCUUUUACACACAGACCAUUGUGAAAGAAAUCAUUUGUGCCCACAAAUAACUUCAUUUAAUUGAGUAAUUUGUUGAGUAUGUGACUGCUAGAUGAGCAUUUCACCUAUUGUAUAUAGAAACCUGGUUUCAGUUCAGAAGGCUAGAGGCUUACAUUGAAAGCUUUGAAGUAUGGGUGAAAGUACUGUGGACAAAGCAUAGGUGCAGUAGUCAGGAAACCUUCAUUCAAUCUUUUGGCACUGCUAGAUUUAGUGUCUAAAGGGGAGCAGGUCUGCUAAUAACACUGUGCCUCAAUAGGUCUACCCAUCCCUGUGUGGGUAAUACUAUUCUACCUCACUGGGGGUUGUGAAUCCAAAUGUUGGUUAGCAUUUGUAAAGUGCUUUCAGAUCCUCUAAAAGAAGGUACUGAACUGUUCAGAUUUGGCUAUGGAUGCUAGUUUUUGGCUGUUUAAUCCACUAGGUGCUACUGUAGACACUAGUAUUGAGAAAACAGGGCUUUCUAAAGCAUCAGGAUAGCAAAGGCGAUGUUUCUGCCAACAAUGUUGUUAAUUAGAACAUUUAUCUUAGUAAAUGCUGUAGCAAGAUAGAUAUUUGGCAUGCUUUUACCCUCUUAUCUGUUUUGUUGAAGGAAAUCUGAAAAUCCCUCUCCAGGAUUUGCCUUUCCAGGGACUGUGACUACUAGCCAUGACUCAGCCUGUUAAGGGACUUUGACUCUAGGCAGAGGCACUGUCACUUAGUGGCACAGGCUGUUUCCUUCACAGCCCAAGUUAGCAUGUCCUGCCACCUUCUGUGAGUCCCUGUUCAACCAAGGAAACCAGUUAUUAAAUUAGAUCUAGGUUCUCCUGCUAUUCAGCCUGAAACUCUCACCACCUUUCCACCAGGAAAACCUAAUUCUUUGAUGCCCAUAAGCAGACUAAAGUGCUUGAGUUGAUGAUGGUAUUAAAGGAGUCAGAGAUAUGCUUCCAUCCUGUACCCAUGAAUUCAGUUUGUGUAAGAUAAAGCAGGAUGCCAAAGGUCAAAUAAGCCUUUGGAUGGAUGGUGGUGAAGGUUGUUGAGAGGUGAUUCCUUUCCUUCCUGCCACAAGUACUGGUUAUUUGAAUAUGCUCCUCCUUGCAGAGCAUGCUAAUAAUUCAGUUAGGCCUUCUUCCUGUGCUGUACCUAGAGAUGUAUCUAAAACCUCAUCCUGCAAGUUCUCCCUUAGGAGAUUUGUUUUGCACUAGGAUCAUCCUGGGGUGGAGCUGAGCCCAGUGAUUUCUUCAGGACACUACUAAGGGAACCUGAAAAGGACUAAAAGAAGAAGAAAAAAUCUUGAGUGGGAAAAAUAGCCAUUCAAACCUGCAAAAGCCACAAAGAAAACAGGGUGUGAGGUCCAACUCAAAGUGUUAAAAUCAGUUUUCUAGGUAGAACUGCUUAGGCAGUAGAAGUUGGUGAGCAUUUCAGCUGUAGCAUAUUGUUAAGUCUGCAUUAACGCCAUUAUUGCAUGAGGUCUUGUACAGAAAUGGAUGUGGAAUGUACUGUACAUUCAACUCUAGGUAUUUUUGGCUUUGUAGGAUCCCUAACAUAGAUUUGAUUAUGAAGAGUAAUAAUGCACAGGUAUCAUAUCUUAGUCAUUUAAAUAGAGGAACAGCCUUGAUUCAGCAAAGAAGUUAAAGACAUGCUCAAAUUUUAGCACGUGCUUUACUCCUGUUGAUUUUUCACGAGAUGUAAGCUUGGGUUUGGUCAGAAAGCUUUCCUGAACUAGAAUGAAUUAGGAAUUACAUUCACUGCACUGUAAUAAUUCUGGACCUUAUGAGAUCCUGGAGCAAAUGACUGCAGUUCUGUUAUAUACUCCAGAGUUUACAUUUUAUGUAUUUUCUACGUUUGCAGGCACAUAAAAAACCGCUACAGGAUGUGAGGAUUUGCCAUAUUAAUUCUGCUGUAAAAACCCUAUCUAAUUUCCCCCAUGAGGCUGCCCUUAGUGUUUUCAGAAACUAAUUGAAUCAUUAAGACUAUAUUGACUUAAAACAAUGCAGUAUUUAAAAGCAAAUUUGAGAGAUUCUUAAGCUGUUACAGAGCUUUGUUUCUUUGAAAUCUACCUUUAUUUAUUCAGAAUCCAGUAUAUUUUAGCAAAUCUGCAUUUAAUAUUAUUUAAAAAGAAAUUAUUUCCAUGUAUAAUCAUUAGUAAGGAAUUGGAGCAAUAUCCUUCAACCAUAAAAGACCAAUGUAUUUAGUUUUCAUACCUUCCUGUGACGGUCUCAGCUGUAGACUAUCAGGGCAGUGCAGCAAAGUUCUUGAGCUUUAGGAUUUUUGUCACUUGUAAAGCAUUUAUAUUCUGAAGUUUCUGAGUUAAAUCUCCAUCUGAUGUCAGAUUUGGAAUUAGUUUAUUUCCACCUUCUAUAUAGCCAACCAAGCCUCUACUGCUUGCAGUAAUUUUGAAAGAGUUUGGUAAUGGAAUUCUACCUUGGUCCGCUCUACAGUGGGAGAUGGUAAUAGAUUUUGCCUUCUGUUGUCUGUGUUUCCUAUAUCUGUGUAUUAUUUACAGUAUUAUCAGAAUCUGAAAAGUCUAUUUUCAUAGGCAACAGAGGAAUAAUUCUGCUUAGAAAAGAACGUUCACAUCUUUCUCAUUUAGCUACCAUACACAUAUGCAUGCAAAGAAUCACACAUGGUCUAGCUCUUACUUCUCUCAUUUCUUUGAAUGGUGCUCUUGUAAAGAAAAUAAAGAGGUAGGACCAAUAAUUUUGGCUAACAGCAAAACAGUGUUACACCCAGGCAUUUUUAAUAGGAAAUACUGGUAUAAAUGUGUUCGUUCCCCCUUAUUGGUAUGCAUACUGAUGACAUUUUCUAGGCUGCCUUGUGUUUGCUUCUCGUUGCCUUUGCACUGACUGCUGAUCAUACAGCAAACUGAAAGAAAAUGUUUUGAAAUUGCUCUGCAACACUAAGCUGAAUCCCAAAAGAAACAUCAUUCCAGUGACAGCCAUCCCUGGAAGUUCCACCCUCUCUACAGAGGUAUGGUGUGCAUUUUACAAGUGUGAGCCUUUUUUAUCAUAGUAAAAGCAUAACUGUGACUUCAAUGGCAUCCCACAUCUAUUCAAAGCAAUUGGAGAGAUAUCUUUGACUACAGUAAAGUGUGAUUUUUUUUUACUUAAAGGAAGAAAAGAUAGCCAAGUAAAACAUGUGUAAAGUUUGUCAAGAAAGUGUCUCCACAAGAUAAGGCAAUACACAACUAGAGAAAAGGUAUAUAGAGGUGUAUUUACCGCACAGAAGGUGCUGAUCGCAACCAAGACAGAACAAAACAUUUUCUUUUCUCUAAUGGUGAUUUAGGUGCAAAAAUAUUUUUCUGAUUACUGACAGAAGCAAAUUAGAAUGCUAUUUGGGACUGGUGAUGUUUGUAGAAGCAAGUGGAUGGCACAGAAUAAAUAUCUUUUUCUACUAAUGUAGGUUAAGUAUGCUGUAGCUCAGGCAACAGGAUUAGCAUGUUAUACAAGAUUCUAGAGGAGAUCCAUCUGAAUCAUCAUAACCUUGGUGUAUUUGAGGCAAAGCAGGUUAAGACUUAAGUGCCUUCCAACAUGCGUUGGGCUUCAGUAGCAGGACUACACAUAUCCAACAAGGCCUAGGUUAAAUGGCCUUGACAAAAGUGGACAGGACAGGUUAAGUCUUGAGCCUCUUGAAAUGAUUAGCCCAUCUUGCUUUUAUGCAGUCAGCUCUAGAAAGUGACUGUCUCCAGGAUCACAGACAUCUUCUGGCUGAUGCCUUUGUCCCAUCCCUAUGAACCUGAGCAGGCCUGUCUGCAGUAUCUCAAGAAAUGUUUGAGUUCUAUGUCUCACAGUGCAGCCGCUAAACAUUGAUAGAUUGGGCUGGGCUGAUUUCUGCUGCAUCAGCUAUAAACACUGUUAUUUAGCUAUUCUUCACCCUCCCUCUUUGCCCUGACUUGAGAUCUGGCAUCUCUCCUAGGUGCCUCCAGCUUGAAGCCUGAGGCCAGCAUGUCCAUAGACCCCUGUGUUACUUUGCUCUUGUUUUGUUUUUCUUCCCUUUCGAAAGGUUUGAGUCAUUUGAUGUUCACAGAUCUGGGACUAAGCUGACAAAAAAAACACCAAACCAAAACAGAAAAAAACACCACAAAAACAAGUUAAUAUCCUUAUUGUUUGGGAGAUACUCGGAGAUAAUAAGUGGAUGGAUGGAAAGGCUUUUUUUCCAGCAAUGUCAUUGCAUAGCAGCUCUAACAGAAUCCUAAUUGUAGGGCAGAGUAGGAGUACUAUUUCUUCAGGGGAAGAUGCAGAGGUUUAGUGUCACAGACCACUCUCCCUUCAUCAAGACACUGUUUAAAGAAGGUCAAAAACACUGAUAUCAAUGUUCAUCCAGUGGAUGAAUUUCUGAGCAAAUGACAACCAGACCUCGUGAAUAUAACAGCAGGAGUUCAGAGCUAUUGGUCUUUGGCAUAACUAUGAGUAGAUCAGUUCUCCUGAUGCCACGCUGUCCCAGUGCGUAAAGAACUGACCACAGCACUCAAACCAGUGCCUCUAAGUGCAAGGCCACAUCCAACAACCCAGUUCUCUCAUCUGGAGCUUCCAUAUCUGGCCUGAACACAGACCCCAGCUGACCCUCUUUUUGUUACACGUACAUCUACGUAUUGGGAGUAAAGCAUGUUACCAUCUGAAAUUCAGGCCAUGUAUUUUUAAACAAUGAAUAAGUCUAAUGAUUUCAGAGGCCUUCUACCAAGAAAACAGCGGGCCUCUUGUUGAAAGCUUGCUUGUUCAGAAAGUGUUCACGGGAAAGAAUUGCAUUUCAGUCUUCAUUGUUUCAGACACUUAUUCUGGCUCUUGCUCUAUCACUCAGUGAACUGUAACUCACUGGCUCUGAAGCCAGUUUAGAGCUUGCCUAGGUCUGACAGUUUGCCACUCAAACAAUUGAAGCAGGAGGAUUCCCCAAGGGAAUUAACAAAUCUUUGCAGCAAUUAGAGUCUGUCAACUGAAAAAAAGAAAGCUGUGCUGCUAGAGAAAGAUGCCAUGAUGGCUAUUGCCACAGUAAACAAAGAAAGAAGACUUGUUUUCAAGAGGAAUGGUAGGGGGUAUUUGUUGCAAGAUCUUUACUGAGUGAUGUAAUGAACUUGAAUGUCACAGAAAAUCGUAUGGAAGGGAGAGCGUGAGGCAGUGCACUGGAAACAUCAACAGCAUUGAUGUGUGGGAACAAAGGAAGAUGAGAGCCAAGAAACUCCAAGGAGAAACAAAGGGGGUAGUGCAAGCUGUGGAUCUACAGCUUGGGUUUGCAUGGAAAAGCAGCAGGGGUUUCUGGCUGCAUGUUGAGAGUGUUAUUACCCCUGCAGGUAUCAAGUUAGGAUGCAGGCUAUCUGCCACAACAGCAUGUGUCCUGCUCCCACUGGCAGAAAUAAGGUCACACUUGGCCGCAGGCUGAAGAACUUGGUUUGAAAUUCUUCGUCUGCCCCUUUUUUUCUCUCCUGCUGGCAUAUGGAUGUGUGUGUCAUCUCUAAAAGGGUGAAGGGAAAAUCCAGCUCUUUGCUGAAUGACAGCAGCACGCUACAGUUUGGUUUUAUUUUUAUUCCUUCCUAUUAGAUCAGAAAUAGAACUUCAUCAGCAUGCAUUGGCUCAGAAAAGUACAGGUCUGUCACACUGGGGAAUUGCAAGACAUGUAUGAGAGGAUAAUGAAGGCAACUCUGAACCUCCUGGCUUUUCCCAUGGGGUGCAGCAAACUGGAAGAACUAUCAACCCUGUUGCACCAAGGUGAUAAGUCCUGACAGGCUUCUGGAAGAGGUUACUGUGAAUUGCUGUGCAGGAAGAAGGGCAAAUGAUGAUCUUGUCCAUGAAAUCCCUAACCACACAUGUGAAAGCUGUUGCAUUCGAUAAAUCAAUGGAAAGGCCAUGGUGAACAAGAAGAUUUAACACCAGUUUUCUAGUGAUCUUUCUUUUAAAUUCAGUGGAGUCACAAUAUGUGUGAAUUUAAUACUAGAAGGCAAAACAGUGAUUUACUUGAAUACUUUUUUUUUUCUAUUUGCUCUCAGAAUUUUGAUUCUUUUUUCUUUGUCUGUGAGGAUUGCAGCUCCUUGUUUCUGUAGAUUCUCUGACACUCCACGUAACACAAGCGAAACCCAAAGCUCCUAAAUCUUCAUUGUUUAAAACAGGCAGAAGCUCCUCUGUAAUUAUGGGAGCUGAAUCCAUCUGGUCCAAGGUUGGUCUCCCACGUCAAAGAUUGAUUACUGUUAGUAAUUACUGUGUGAUUGAUUAGGUAAGAGCAGAUUCAGUUUCCUGGCUGACAACUGCAGUCUUUGCAGAAAAAAUCACAUUGACCCCAGCUAGAAGUGAUCUCUUUUAUAAACCUCUAACAGAAAGUUAUACAUAGGAGAUAUUUUCUAUAAUUUUAUUGUAAUUAAUGAUAAAGCUAAAAUAAUUUCACAUGUCGAAAUAUCUUAAAACAUUUAAGACUGAAAAUUAAGCAAGCAGCACGGCAAAUCAAAGUAUCUUCUACGUUUUCUGGUCCCAGAGAGCCUUUAUCUUGCCAUCUCUCACCUCAGUCCACCAAGACAUGCCCUAAGCCCAACAGGCUUAUUGAAAAUAGCGUUUCUAUUUCUUUCGAUAUUUUUCUGCCCUAAUCCCAUCUAGUGCCAAGCAGAACAGAGGUUUGUGGUUGGCUCAGUUUUUAGAGAAAAGUAUUACCAAAUGUCUCUGAACAUAAAAGGAAGGUUCAGGGUUUUUUUAGGUGACUUAUCAAAGCUCAAGGCUGCUUUUGAUUUUAUUCAAGCUGGUUCUUCCAUCUCUAUUUGCAAUUAACACAUUCCUAAGUUACCUAUAAGAAAUCUAUAUUAACGUGAGUCACAUUGGAACAGUGAGGUAGUUAUGAAGCAAAGGGAUUUUGCGGAUACAUGCAGUCAGGGUGAAACAUGUUUGUGGCACUUGGUCAGAGUGGACCCAAACCAAAUUCACAUUCUGAAUCCCCAGUUUUCUGAGGAACCCACGUGUAGAGUCAUACUGAAGAAAUGUCUGCAAUGAGCCAAAUGGAUCCCUAGCUGGGGUCCAGGCCCAGUUCUUGAACUGAAGAAUUUUACCUUCAGAGAAUUCCUAUGAAACAUUCAGUGUUUUUGUGGUUUUGUUUCAUUUUGGAAAAUUCCAGCAUGGCUGCUUUUCUGCAUCGGCUUCCAAUGUCUGCACAGGAGGUAUAGGUGGGUCUUUAGUUCUCUUCCCUUUGCAGGUGGCAGUUGAAAUGGAGUGAUGUUCUGUCUCCCUGUCAUGGUGACCACACAGUCACUGAUGGGUUUUUUCUUUUUUUUUUUUUUUUCCUUCUUUACAUCAGAAGAGCUUUUUCCAGAUUUAGUGUGAUAUCUAACAAUGUGUCUCCUUAAGAAGAAUGUCUAGGGAACUAAUUGCACUGUUAAUUGGUGUUUAUAGAUAAGGUGAAGCAGAAGUAUUGAAUGUAAGAACAAGAAAGCCUGUGAGUUAUAAUUACAUGCUGAAUUCUGACAUGUAAAAUUGUUGUUAGUUUGCUUCUUAUUUAAAUUACGUGUGAUCCAAGCAGUUUUACCACCGUGGCAGUACUAGUACAGCUGUGAUUAUCAAUUUAGAAGACAUCCAGUGUCUUCUAGAAGGAAGCCUGUGUAGACAAACCUAUUCUUUGAGCAAAUUCCCCUCCUUGAUAUUCUGUAUUCUAUGACACUGUCUAGUCUAGAGGUACAGGACAGGAGUAUCAGCUUGUUGACUUUGCUGUUACCAGCCUUUGCCUAUUUUCUUAAUCACAAAUAAAAUUUCAAGCUAAGGUAUGUGGCUCUCAUCACAUAAGCCCAAGUUCUUUGUGCCACUCUGCUCUGAAGAGCGUGACCUGCCUUCGCUCAUAGCCCUGCACUCUGCAGCUCUCUGUGAGCUGUCAGUCUGCCCGGAAGUGGUUUUGAGGGAGGGAGAUAUGCAGCUGAACUGGAACCUGAUCACGGAUUACUGUCUUAGGUCAUUCAUCAAGUUUGUAUGAUUUCAUCAUUAAUAACCAAGCUGCAAUAUAGUAUAACUGAGAGACCACAAUGUAUUUUCUAUUGCCAUUCAGUGGGUGGGGGUUGGAGGGGCAGCUGGGUUUAAAGUUUAGCUGGUAUACUUUAAACUCUGUGUACAUAACCUUGGAGGACACAUGGGUGGUGAGGGUUGAGUUACUGUUUUGUUGGACUGGUAAAUUUCAUUUUGGUUUCAUUUAAAUUGUAAGGUAUUUAAUUAAUGUCAUUGUACAAAGAGCUAUUAGUUUAAACGAUGCAUUUGUUCUCCUAAAACAGAUCUAAACUUUCUUUUUGGCAAGCCUGCAGCAAUGCUACACGUAGCAUUAUGUUGACUUUUGUACUUUGGGGGAGUACAUGGAAGGGGAUGGGAAAUGCUUUCCUCUUCAGACAGUGUUGCCCAUAGUUAACUUUCUGCUUGGGUAUAUAACUUGAGUUCCUUUUACUCCAAAUUUUCAUGUGAAGUUCUCUGACGGACAGAACAAGCAGAGGUUAUGCCAAAAGAUCUCAAUUGUAUCAUCUUGUAAUAUAUUGCAGCUUAUGCCAAUGAUUCCUUGCUUACCUGUACACAGUCCAUGCAUGUUUUGAACUAAUUUUGCAUUCUCCAUUUGUGGUGAGUUAUUUAGCAUUUUAACCACCUUUUGUGCCAUUCAACUUGUACAGAAAACAUUUUUAUCGACGUUUUAAAGGGAGGGGGAAGAAAAGAAAAAACCCUUCUGCUCCCUAGUUGUAGGUAGAACUCGGUUACUUAGCAAACAGAUGUAGAUGAGUGGUUGUAGUGUUAGAAAUGUUAGCUUGCUCGUGAACAAGCUUUUGAGAGUAAAUGCAUGGUCUCGUACUUCUCUUAAUUAGCUUUUCCUUUCCUCCUGGAAAGAUUGUCCCCCUCUCUCUCUAUUCUAUCUUUGUCUCUCUCGUGGUUGUAAAGUACAGAUUUGGGCAUAAAUAAAAUGAUAUACAAUGAGGUUUGAAAAGCAGUUCUCAACAGAUUCUCUUGGGGAACUUACUUCUCACUGCGCCCUGCCUUGGCACUUCGAUUAGACUCUUUCAAGAUAAAACAGAUGGAGAACAAUCACCUGUUGCCUCUGCUUGAACUGGGGAACAAGUUAAUCUUUGGAAGUUUGCACCACUAGUAAACGAUGAGAUCUUGCUGAUCCAUUGCAGCUGAGGUAUGUGGCACGUGGGCUACUGGCCGUGGCUUCCACACUUGGUUGUUGGACAUGGGACAAGUCCCACGGCCCCUGAUUUGCAGAGUUUGCACACACUUUUUGAUUUUCCUGGAUACGCAGCAGAGGGGAGAUAGUGGAUGAUAUAUAGGAAUUACAUUGUUAUGGGUUCUGCAGGCAGCUCCUCCUCCACACUCCCAAGCUCUGGGUUGAGUACACAGGGCUUAUUAUUGUAUAGCCGUGGUUCUGUUGGCAAAGGAGGACAGGAAAUAAAGGCUAGGAAAAGACAGGGGGUCACAUAAAGGUGGAUUUUGUAAGAAAUGGACUUAAAAAUCACCCCCAAACCCUGCCUCAAAACCACAGUCUACCUUGAUCCAUGCAUUUAUUCCCUAUGCCUCUUCUCCCUUAGCAGAGUUUCCUUUUGUUAGAAGAUUUGACUUUCUAGAAAAAAAAAAAUCCAUUUUUGUGAGGUGUUGUGAACUGUUUUUACCACUUGUAAUAACCAUCCCAGGUCUGAGUAUUCUUGUAAUGCAAUGCCAUGCAGCAGAGAACCUGUCCACUUUAUAGCUUUGCUCUCAGUAUUUGUUACUCAUCGUUUUCUCAUCUAAAUGUACAUUUGCAAGAUGUGUGUAAUGUCAUUUUCAAAAAAUAAAAUUUGGUUUCAAUAUUUAGGCCGAUAAAA